AUGGAUCGGAUCGACUUUGAACUCUGUCUUGAUGUCGAUCAGCAUGACUCAACUCUUGAUCAACCGGAUGAUGUCAACAUUACUUUCAGCACCGACACACACCACCACGAGAACCCAUUGCCCAUCCGACCUCGCCGCACUCGAACAUUCAGUGAAAUCGAAGAUGAGAGCACAGAUCGCCCAGGAACCGACACCGACAACCCACAAAAGAGACCUAGAGUACGAGAGCCCGGAGACUGCACACAACCCAUCUACACUCUACAGGGAGAUACCCACAGCGGAGGAGCAAAUAUGUCUGGCCAACGCCGGAGUCAGCUAAUGGAUCCCUUCUGUCCAUAUUAUGGCAGUGAGAUUCCACCCCCAACAAACCCUUUCUAUGGCAUGAUAUCUCCAGACGACCCUGGAAGCUUCGGCGUCGCGACGACGAUUACUACGGAUGCCAUUCCUGGCCCAGAGCUUGGAACUCGCCGCAUAUCCCUCUCCUCCCUACACCGCUCCUACCUAAACGAAAGCGACAUGGCCAGCUUCUCAUCAACGGACCCUCUUCCCCCGACCCGAUUCACCAUCUACGAAGACCCAGACGGCAUGGACAUCGACAACGCGCAUAUCGAAGUCAGCCACAGCGCCUGGCCAUCAUAUACGCGCUGGGUGACCGACGACGAUGACAAGGAAAACCGCGACGCAGACGAAGACGAAGACGCCGCUCCUGAGACUGAAAUAACCCACGCAGGUAGUAGACAUGCUCCCAUCCCCGCUGUCCCGGUCCAGGACUCCUUCCCUUUUCUAAGCUCCAGUUCUACCAUGUACCCCGUCAGAAGCAUUCACCAUCAUGAGCAGGGCCUUGAAAAUACACCCUUCUACGCUCACCACACUCAAGGCCUAGACAACCCGAUCGAUACUUACCGCGACCAGCUCUUCCGGCGUCCCUGGAGGGGCCCAGGAGAAGGAAGAGACGUCUCUCCAGUAUCCCCACCCCGCCAUUCUCGUCUUUCCGAUUUCGACGCAGACGACGAGGCCGACCAGGACAUGAUCCUGCCCAACACCCGGCACAGCACUUCCAUGGACACUCAUGAUCAGGCCGAGCCCGAGAUGGAAGGGGAAUACUACACCGGGUCCUUGAAUUCCACAUUCGCCGAGGGGACCGAGAUGCCAUUCUACUCGUAUCAUCCGCUGCGGGAAAUUCCGUCCAUGAGCCAGUUUAGACCCGAGGAUGUGGCGCGCGCGCCGUCUCGUCGGGCGAGAAGAAUCAGGGCGUUUAACUUUCCGUUGUAG